GGUGCCAGGUUGGGCUCGGCUCCGGCGGGACGCGGGGCUGGGGCUGCGGGGGGGCUCUGAGGGACAGCUCCCCUUCUCCACACACGCGGCACCUUUCCGCGCUGCCGCCAGGCUGGAUGCUCCCCAGGGAGCUGGGGGGUUUAGCCUGGAUUAAAGGAGGACCGGGGCGACCUCAUCGCUCUCUACAGCCACCUGGAAGGAGGUCGUAGGCAGGCUCCUGCUCUGCAGCACCAUGCUGGAUCCCAAGCCUCGCUGUGCAAGCCGGAGGUGAAUCCAGGUGAAAGCCAGCUACCACAGUAGGUGUCAGGAUGACCAAAGCGCGGCUCCUCCGGCUGUCUGUGGUGCUGGUCUCCAUCUUCAUGAUCCUCCUGAUUAUUGUGUACUGGGACAAUGUGGGAACGGCACACUUCUACCUGCACACAUCCUUCUCCAGACCCCGCUCUCCAGGAGCCAUCGCGGCAGGUGAAGACUGGGAAACCUUGCCAGAUGUAGAUGAAUUUUUGGCAAAGCUGCUUAGUUCGAGCCUGAAACAGAACAGCUCUAUCCCCCGAAAGACAGAGCAGCUCCUCGUCCAGGGCUCCAACAAGCCCGUGGUAAGCAACUUGGAGGAGAACGUACGGGGCUAUGACUGGUCUACACACAAGGACAGGAACAGCUUGGACCAAGAGAAGCUGCAGGUAGAGAGGCAGAGAACGUUGCGGGAGUUUUGCGCCAAUUCCAGCUUCACUUUCCCCACCAAGGAGCGCUCCUUCGAUGACAUUCCAAACUACGAGCUCAACCACCUGAUUGUGGAUGACCGCCACGGCGUCAUCUACUGCUACGUGCCCAAGGUGGCCUGCACCAACUGGAAACGUGUGAUGAUUGUGCUAAGUGAGAGCCUGCUGGACCAGGGGGUCCCCUACCGGAACCCUCUGGAUAUCCCCCGGGAACACGUCCACAACACCAGCACCCACUUGACAUUCAACAAAUUCUGGCGCCGCUACGGGAAGUUCUCCCGGCACCUGAUGAAGAUCAAGCUAAAGAAGUACACCAAGUUCCUCUUUGUACGAGACCCCUUUGUCCGCCUCAUCUCCGCCUUCCGCAGCAAAUUUGAGCUGGAGAAUGAGGACUUCUACCGGCGUUUCGCCAUCCCCAUGCUAAAGCUCUACUCCAACCACACCAACGUCCCCACCUCCGUUAGCGAGGCCUUUGGGGCAGGCCUCAAAGUCUCUUUUUCUGACUUCAUCCAGUACUUACUGGAUCCCAGGACAGAGAAGAUGGCCCCCUUCAAUGAGCACUGGAGGCAGGUUUACCGUCUGUGCCACCCGUGCCAGAUAGACUAUGAUUUCAUCGGAAAGCUGGAGACGCUGGAUGAGGAUGCUGCUUAUUUAUUGCAGCUCCUCAAAGUGGACAGGCUGCUUCGCUUCCCACCCAGCUACCGGAACAGGACUGCCAGCAGCUGGGAAGAUAACUGGUUUGCCAAAAUCCCACUGGCUUGGAGGCAGCAGCUCUACAAGCUUUAUGAAGCAGAUUUUGUACUUUUUGGCUACCCCAAGCCAGAAAACUUGCUUAAAGACUGAAAGUGAUUGGGUAGUGGGUGUGGGAGGGAACAUCUGAAAUACCAAAAAUGUUUAAAGCCUCCUCAUUUUUGCUCUUAACUCCCUUCCCAAUGCAAGUUGGUACAAUGGAAUAUAUUUUUUCUACUGCUUCCCCUUACAUUUUUGCAAUAAUGCCAGAGUCCAGGGUAUUCCAGCCAGCUGCGCAUAUGCAAAAAAUGCCAUUUUUUUGGGUUAUCAUUUGUUUUCUGUUUUUUAAAAUGUCCCCAUACUUUGCAAUGGGUCGCUGCCCUUGGUCACUCUGCCAAUCGUGUCCUUCAGUAGCUUUUUAUUAAUACUUUUUAAAAAUUAAUAUAUUUAAGAUAUUUAAAACAAAUCGUGUGUCGUGGCAAAGGAAGGGAAGGAAUGAAAAAAAAAAAGUAAAAGAAAACCCCAAGAAAUGAUGUACCCGCCUCUGUGUGUUGUCUCAGGGCUGCUGUUUUGGAGGUCCAAAGUUUGCAGAGCACUUGGAUCUCUCUGGGGGCUGGGAUGCUGAUGGUGCCAGGUCUGCUGGUGGUUGCUCCAAGCUGCACUUGAGGCAGUGGGAUGGGUCAGUGCCUGACUCUGCCAAACAAUCCCAGAAAAGCACCUGGAAGGACUCUGGUGACUCACUCUGCUCGCAGGUGGAGCAUGACACCAGGGUCACAGGAAGGAAAUGGCAUUGGGAGAAGUGACAACAAGUCCUGUGGGCUGUUUUGGGGCAUGCAAGUGGUCAACACAGCACCUCUGCACCGCCUGACCUUUUGGCAAAGUACUGUGGGACUCUGCUGUCCACAAAGCUGAGGUUCAGCCCCCUAUACCUUGCUAGUGUGGAGCAUUCCCAUGACGUGUCCCGGUCCAGGAUGGUGCUGCAGUUCUCAGGGGUUGUGGCCAGCCAGGGUGGGCAGAGUGUGCUCCUGGAUGGGCAAGCUGGCCAGGCCCUGGUGGUGUGCUGCUCCAUGUCCUGGUCACUGCCGCAUGCAGUGCAGGUCCCUUGAGAACUGUGCUGUGUCCUCAUCAUCUCUGUGCACACUUUGAGGGGACGUGGCAGGGAUGCAGACGCUUAUCCCUGGGAGAGGAAGAUCCAAAAGAUUUCUUGCAAUAAGCAGAUGUCAAGGUGAACUCAAAGUUUUUCUGUUUUCAGCAUUUCAGCUACUGCUUGUGACACCACAUCCUCAUCCACUGCCUUUCUGCUUAUUCCAAAUGGCUGAUGCAGUUUUGAUCAUCUGCCUUGCUGGGACCUGCUGCAGGAGUGAUGGUUCCCACUGUGCUGGGAGCAUGUGGGCUGCUUCCCAAAGGAAAUUAAUGCCGUUAGAGACUUUUUGUGUCUCAUCAGCUGAAUCUGCUUCUAAUUCGCUCUCUGAAUUGCUCUGCAAAAACUGUUUGCUGAGCAGAUUAGGCAGGCAACUCUUUCAGAGCUGAAAUGCCUAAUUAUUUCCCUGGACUGUGGAUGGUAUCGGUGAUUAAGCUCCAGGGUCAGGCCUUGGGAAACAGCUCUGUAUUUUGGAGAGAGUUCUUUAUAUUGGCCUCAGUUUCUCUCCAAGGCCAUCAGCAGGCGUGACUUUUCCUCUCUCUCUCUCCUCACUUCCCCAAUUUCUGCACAAGUACAUCUUGGCACUGCAUGCUCUUCCUAACAAAUAUGCUGUAUCAAGCUUUUUAACCUAUAAAUGAGAGGUAAUUGCUGUUGUUAUACUCAAAACAAAGAGUUUGUUUCUCAUUGUAUUCACACCAGUCUCCUGUAAUUUCUGCAGAGAUAUUUGCAGUUUAAAUGAGUCUGAAGCCAUUGUCAGGGUCUUGGUGCUUAGCUCCUCAUAGCUUGGGGAAAAAGGAAGUGCCUGUUUCUGAGUCAUUAUUUAAAACUAAUAAUAGAAAAGUGUUGAUCUCUUCAAUUUUUUUCCCCAGUUACCAGUUAAUUGCUGCAAAACAGAAAGAUGUAGAGUCUCGUCUCCUAUAAUGAGUAAUCCCAGGAGUCUCUUGAUUCCUGCUACAUUUACAUUUCUUCAGGGUGGGUUCAUGUCGCUCUUCAAAAACACAGCAUGGAUGUUUUCAUCUCUUGUCUUUUCAAAGUGUUUAUUUUUUCCUCUUUUAAUUUCCAUGUAAUUGAUGUUUAGUAUGUGCAGGCAUGGGGGGCUGGGGCCGUAGUGCAGAUGCCGUGCAAGCUUUCUCCCAGCUGCUUCCCCUGCACCUCUUGGUCUAAUCCUCUCUCUUCCUGCCCCUCUUAGCAGUGCUUGGCUGCUGUACCCCAGUGCCACCCUGCAAACCAGCUGCUGCCUCCCCAGCCACACUUGUACUGUGAUUCAUGGCCAUGGCAGUGAGGUCCUGGUUGUGCAAUGGGCAGAAAAGGUGAAAAAUGGCUGCAAAACACACCCAGCAGCUACUCCAUGUGGUGUGAGAGUGUAUCCUCUCCAUGUGGCUGCCUUGUGGUUUAACAGCCGUAGAAGAAAAAGGUUUUUCCAAGGCUGCCUUCCCUUGCUGACACUGGCUAGACAGGGGAGACUUGGAACACACUGAUUUCUCUUUCCACGUCCAAAGCUGGAUGAAGUGAGUGAAUUCCAGCUUUAUGUGCUAACUACACCCUGCAUCACACUGAGGUCCAAAACACCCCAUGUGUGAGUCUGAGCAAGCUGCCUGCAUCCCAAUGGCUUCAUCAGCCUCCCUGGGAGCUGCAGUCAGGGGAAUGUACUGAUGGCAUGAGGCCACCGAGGGCCCUGUCUUCUCUACUUUCUCUCUUUCACCUCACCAAGUCCAGCCUUUAUUGGUAUCUCAGACAUUUUAGUGCUUGCAGAACUGUCCCAAACCAACAUGCUGGGUGCUCUUGGCUCUCUCCUCAUUUUCCAUUGCCACGCUUCAAAGCUCUUCCCGGGAGGAGCAGUAAAACUCCGACGGGGAGUGUUCAUGUUGCAGUGGUUGGCUUCUGGAUUCAAAAUAACUUGGUCCUUGCUGCUCCUCCCUUUUGAAGCCCUUCUUCCCCACCCUGCCACCACUGUGAAUGUAUUGUUAAGAAGUCAAAGGGGAUCCAGGCUAUGCUGAGCUUUGUGGUAAGACCACUGAGUUGCCAGAACUGGGAUGUAGCCUCUGGCUUUGGAAAUGUGCAUUUUUUGUGGGUUUCUUGCUCUGUUCUCAUGAUAUGAAAGUGUGUAUGUGCGGGGGAGAAGGACAAAGAGUUCAACCAGCCAUGCUUCCGUCCUCCCUGGUUUCCUGAAGGAGUUGGAAUUUACUGUUUGACAAAUAAUGGCAGGCAGAAUGCAUCCAUGCUGGCCUGAAGUCAGAAGAGGGCUAAAAAUCCUGGAAUGUAGAUGGUUAUGAUGCUAGUAUCAUUUUCAUGAGGGGUGGAAAAUGCUUUGAAGCAGGCUGUUUGUGUGUGAAUAAACCUGGCUUUGUCAUUGCAUGUUCAGCCUGCAAAGCUGUGUCCUGUUCCCCUCUUGGCUUGCUUUUCCCUGGGGUUGACCACUUGGCCAAAGUCAGCACGGAGUCUCUAACGAGGCAGAACUGAUGUGCAGAUGCAAAAAUAACCUGGGGUUUGACCAAGAUGUUUCCAGCUGGGUAGAACUGAAACCAGCUUUAGUGCUUGCUCAGCAUCGGAGCCAAAGUCUUUACACAACCAUUGAACAGAUUUGGUCCCUCGCUGUUUGAUGCUGAUUCUCUGGUGGAGUGGGAUGCAUGUGACCUGGCUUUGCAACCCCUGCGUCCUCCAGGAAAGGGCUGCCAGGUCUCAGAACUCCUUGCUUUUUGAGCAGUGAUGUGACUUUGCCAGAGUAGGGGUGUCCUUAACGCAUGGGUACCUUUGCAUCUCAGUAUUUUUUUGCCUUAACCCUUUAAUUCACUUGUGUUUAGGGGGACAAAAUUAUCGAGCCAUCACCUGCGGACAACAUUCACCCCGGGACAACGUGUGAGAUGAAGUGUUUUGGCUGUGUGUUUUGCAUCCUUCAAGGUGGCACUGGGAGGAUGGAGGGCAGGGGAUGAAUGGCAGCAUUGAAAGGGUGGUGAAGAAAAGCCAGUUUGUUUCUUCUUACGUAAGCUGGACCUUCGCAGCGCCCGCGGGGGAAAGCCGGUGACUUGGCAGGGUGCUGCGGGGCUGUGGUGCACAGCGGUGCCAGGGAGGGUGUGGGGUGUGGUGGCUCAAAGUCGUGUUGCUUGAAUUUAAGGGCUUGCCCACGCUGGUGUUGCUGAAAAACAAUCUAGUCAAGGGGAAGAGGGAUAAAUAAAGCAGAAUUUAACAAAGCCAUUGAUACCUGACUGUUUGGGAAAGAGAUGGGGAGGGUGGGUGGUGCUGGCUCUGGAGCUGACACAGUGCAGCUCUUCUCUAUCCUUGAUUCAAUCAAAUUGGGGAUCGAGCUCAGACUGUGCAGGCUGAGGUCUGUCCUUGCAGGAGCUGGGCAGCAUUUGCCCUGGGGGCUGUGGGAGAGUGCCAUGCCAUGCUGGGAAUGGUGUGGAAGAGCCCUGUGCUGGGAUGAGAGCAGUGUGGGAGAGCCCCGUGCUGGGAUGGCAGGGAUGCUGGAGGGCACGGUGCUGGGACAGAAGGGAUGCCGGUGAGCCCCGUGCUGGGAUGGCAGGGAUGCUGGAGGGCACGGUGCUGGGACAGAAGGGAUGCCGGUGAGCCCCGUGCUGGGAUGGCAGGGAUGCUGGAGGGCACGGUGCUGGGACAGAAGGGAUGCCGGUGAGCCCCGUGCUGGGAUGGCAGGGAUGCUGGAGGGCACGGUGCUGGGACAGAAGGGAUGCCGGUGAGCCCCGUGCUGGGAUGGCAGGGAUGCUGGAGGGCACGGUGCUGGGACAGAAGGGAUGCCGGUGAGCCCCGUGCUGGGAUGGCAAGGAUGCUGGAGAGCCCUCUGCCGAGACGAGAGCGAUGCUGGAGAGCCCUGUGCCGGGACGGGAGCGAUGCUCGGCAGCCGGCGGGGCUGGCUGAGCCUCUUCUCGCUGCUGUGUCUGGGCGAGGCUCCGCGGGAGCCGGGGAGCGCAGCAUCUCCCCAGUGGCCCAUUCUAAAACCCAUUUUGUGUUCCUGGGCUCUGGCAGACGCCGCUGCCGCUCCCCCCGGCCUGGCUCCUGUGGCAGCAGGAGUCCGUCUCCUGCGCCCGCUGUCAGCAGCAGUUGCCAUCACGGAUGCCCUGCGAGGCGAUGAGCAAAGCACAACCCAAACCCGCAGCGCGGUUCCUGCGCUCAGCAGGAGCUUUAUUUGUGCAGCCUCUGCUGCAGGUGAGCCUGUCUCUGAGACUGGGAAAUUAGUUGCUGCCACUGAAUACUGAAGGCUCUGGAAAACCUCAUGGAAGGAGGUGAUUUUAAAAAAAUACAGAACCAUAGCAUAAUAGGCUAAUCCUGAGUUGGAAGAGACCUGCAAGGAUCCUCGAGUCCAACUCUUAGCCCUGCCCAGGACAUCCUCAAGAGUCACACCAGAGGUGCUAAUGGAGAAUGCUGCAGUAAUUUCAGCAGACUGCCCCAGAGGGGAAGCCGGGCAAGUAAAUGUGGCUGUUCAUCAGUCUUCUCUCACAAUUUAUACUUUAGGGGUAUUGCCUUUUAUAUCUAGCUUUUCAGGUAUUGGUGUCCUUGCCAUCUGGGCCAUGAGGUCUGGACCUGGUCCAUUGCAUUUGGAGAUACACAAUGACCUGCAGGCUGUGGUGGGAUGCAGGGCAGCAGGAAUUUCUCUUGCAAGGGUUGAUGUGCACCCAGAGACUCACGCAAUUGACCAUGUUUUCCUCCUCAAACCAUGAGACAGAGUAAAAGAGCAUGUAUUUCAUUAUCAGUGAUGCUAAUUGUAGCUGUGAGCCCUUUGGUCAGUUACUCAAGCGGCCUCCUGUUUGUCCUCUAUAAAGGGGGAGUGGUACACCCCUGUUUUCUGGAGGGCUCCUGGUGUGAGCUGUGCCCACAGGAGGUCUGUAGCUCUCCAGGAGGAGCAGUGACCUGGGUGGGAGUGCUGGGAUAGAGUGCUGGCAAUGAAAGCCAUGCAAAACUGCCUCAAUCCAGACACGUUUUACCAUGGGGUUGGUCUGGAAGCUGUUGGCAUGAGAACUGAAUUGAUUCAAGAAGUACAUAUGCUUUGGAGAGCUCAAGUGCUCAUACAGGUCUGUGAGCAAAACUCUGCUGCAGAAAUGCAGAGGUCCCAGCUCACCAUCCUGCUCUGCCCCUGGCUGGCUUCCAGAGGAAGAAGAGGCACAGAGUGUACCAUCAAUCUGAACAAAAUGUCUUUCUUCAUCUUGGGAAAUGCUGGGCAUUCUCGAGCAGAGUGUGCUCAGCCAGCUGAGAUGCCGUUAGUGGAGCUGGCACUUUUCACCUAAUGAGGGGGUUUGUAAUUUUGUCUCAGAUUCUCAUCCUCAGACUGUGCCAGUAUCAAAAUACUCCCAGUCUUGCCCAAACCAUGUGUUCAACAAAUGAGGGAGACUUUUCCUGACCCACCAGGCAGCGCCUUCACGAAUUCCAUGUUUCAUCCCCCAGGCAGAUGGAUCACACGCAGCUUUGGCAAAGCCACAUUUUGUGGCAGAGAAGCUGCAGUUUCUGUAUUUAUUUCUCCGUCAUUGUAGGAAUUCAAAAUGGAUGGAACAAAAUGCCAUUGGGACUGACUCUUGUUUUGUUUGGACACUACACAGGUCUCUGUGGAAAACAUGGGAGGAGUGCAAGGGACAGAGAAGAGCCAAGAAGAUGUGUUAAAAAGGCAGUGGUGGCCAAAAAGGUGGUCAGCAGGCAGUGGAGCAGGGCUGGGGAUGUGUUUCUGAAGGAUAAAAAGGGUGGGGGGAGUGGAGGGCAUCUCUCAACAAAAUGGGGAUUCUGUGGAGUGGGUAAAUGCUGAGUGAGAGGGGCUGCUGAGAAGCCAGGUGCCAUCUGCUGCAGCAUGGAGUUCUGCCCUGUCUGCUUUUCCAGGGGGGAGUGGGGGCCAAAGUAGAGGAGAAAAGAAAUAAUUGAAAAAUUAGGUGCUGAGACCUUAUUGGAGUGAAGCAGGCAAAAUUCAGCGGGUUCUGAUACAUGAUGUGGGGACCAAAUAUCUGAAAUUCCUGUGUCUCCAUGAGUGCUGGUGGGGGUUGUGGACUCGGACCAAACAGUUGUUUAGAGCAAACUAAAAAGAGUGGUGGUCUAAGGUUCUGCUUGCCUGUGCUGGGGGAGGAAGGGUUGCAGCUCUACCAGCUGUCAGUCUCUGCAAGCAGGCAAUGUCCACGGGGGGUGAAAGUGCCUGAGAGAUGGUGCCAAUGACCUUUCACAUGUUAUUGGGCACUUCUGUCUGUCUCCAGUUUUUCUUUCCCUCAACCUUUGCGUGCUUUAUUGAUUUCUGACUCUGUAUAUUUUUUGUCCUGGGUAAAUCAGAAGUAUUUGUCACCUAGAAUGAUCAUGCUGAGAGGAUAAAGCUUUUUACAAAGCCUUUGGUGACCUUUAGCUAAUGGUAAAUCAGUGAACUGAGUGUAUAUAAGCAUUUCCCAAGUGCUGGGUGUUGUUGUGCCCAGUGGGAGACCCACCUUGGCAUGACACAGCUACCCAGUAGUAGUCUGGGCAUGCAGGUCUUUUGAAUAAAGGUUCCUGCUUCAGGU